CCCGCCUCCCGAUCUCGGAACCCCUCCCGUCGGCGUCAUAUAAUACAUGAAUGGUAGUAUGCGCUUUCACUGUUGCAAGGCGGAACCAUUUGCUCGAUAUCUCUCAAAUCAACAAUACAAGACAUCAAACAGGCCUCACGAGCCAUUCACCGCAGAUAUGUCUCGCCUCAAGAUUGCUGUGUUGGAUGAUUACCUGGAGACUUCGAGUUCACAUUUUGGGAAACUUGAUAGCUCUGUCUUUGAGGUAACGACAUUCAAAGACACAUUGCUCCCUUACAACGGCCCGGAGACUACAGCUGAGGUCAAGGAUGAGCUUGCCAAACGUCUUGAGCCGUUCUCCAUCAUUUGCACUAUGCGGGAGCGUACGCCAUUCCCAGCCGAGCUCGUCAACCGGCUGCCAAACCUAAAGCUCCUCCUAACCACUGGAGUCCGCAACGCGUCGCUCGAUCUGACAGCCUUCCGCCAGCGCGGGAUCCCCGUCGCCGGCGCCAAGGACAAGAAGCGCGGCCAACAUGACAGCAACGCCAUUACCACGGGGACGGACUCGACGACGGAGCAUUGUGUCGCCAUGAUCAUGGGCCUCGCGCGUGGUCUUGUGAGGGACCACAACGCCGUGCAGGCUGGUUUAUGGCAUACGGGCUACGCCGUCGGCUUAUCGGGGAAGACGUUUGCGACUCUAGGGCUGGGGAGGCUGGGAACGGCUGUUGCGCGGAUAAUGCACGCUGCCUUUGGGAUGCGCGUUGUCGCCUGGAGUGAGAAUCUAACUCAAGAAAAAGCCGAUGAGCAAGCCAAGGGGGCCGGGCUGGCGGCUGAGAACGGGGAAGGGGAAAAAACCUUCAAAGUUGUCAGCCGGGAAGAACUUUUCCGGACUGCAGAUGUACUCAGUAUCCAUCUUGUCUUGUCUCAGAGGUCAAGGGGGUUCGUUACGGGGAAGGAUUUAUCAUUGAUGAAGCGUAGCGCCAUGCUGGUCAACACUUCAAGGGCAGGAUUGGUUGUCACUCAGGAUCUGCUCAAAGUCUUGGAGAGUGGUGCUAUCCGAGGUGCUGCGAUAGAUGUCUUUGACCUUGAGCCUCUAUCGGCAGGAGAUGCUUGGAGGACAACAAAGUGGGGUGAAGAUGGGCGCAGUCAGGUUUUGCUCACUCCUCAUAUGGGAUAUGUCGAGGAGCAAACUCUGCAAGACUGGUAUGAGAUGCAGGUUGAGAACAUCUUGAGGUGGCACAAAGGAGAGGAGUUGCUUAUGCCUCUGUGAAUUGAGCUAGGUACAGAUAGUUGUUUUAUGAUUCAGUAUCAAACAAAGCUUUAGAGGUUUUGUUCAGCGUGUCAAACAGAAC